AAACUAAAGCGGGCAGCUCUCAGAGCCGCGCAGGCGCAGAUGUGCGCUGCCGGUCGCCAAGAUGUCGGGUUCCAAGUAUAAGCCUGCGCCCCUGGCCUCUCUCCCCAGUACCCUCGACCCCGCCGAGUAUGACGUGUCUCCGGAGACCCGAAAGGCGCAGGUCGAGCGCAUGAGCUUAAGGGCCCGGCUUAAACGGGAAUAUCUGCUUCAGUACAACGACCCCAAACGCACAUCGCACAUCGUUGACCCUGCCUUGAUUCGUUGGACCUAUGCAAAAUCAACAAAUGUUUAUCCUAGUUUCAGACCCACUCCAAAGAACUCACUUCUAGGGGCUGUGGCGGCAUUUGGGCCCCUCAUCUUCUGGUACUAUAUUUUCAAAACAGACAGGGACAGAAACGAAAGACUUAUCCAGGAAGGAAAAGUGAACCGAACUUUAAAGAUGUCCAAUUAAGUUUGGCAAGGAUGACUCUAUUCUUGCAUAAAUAAAUCUUCUGUUAAUCACUGAA